UAAUGGCAUGCAUUUCAUCAUUUAUACAAAAUUUCAAGACAUCACAAUUCUCGACUAAUCCCUGAUGAAGAAUACAUAAGUAUUCGAAAGUUCGGAAUAUAUAUUAAAAAGAGUAGAUUGUAAUAAAACGUUCAUAAACUAGUUGACAAAAACUUUGUUCCAAUUCACAUUCUAAUAUGUAGACAAUGUCGUAAGUGUAUAAUUUUGAAAGAGUUUUACUUUAAAAUGAUACAUUUGGAAGAAUUGUACUUCUUGUGACUUUUUGAUAUAUGAUACCUAUUAGAAUUUUCAAUCUUGAAAAAAGUUUAGUUCAUUUGCCACGUAGUUUUUCUAUGGUUUUACUGGAGGUGUAGCUGGAACAGAUUAGUUCAAAUAAGAUAAUCUUUAUACAUGGUUGGAAAAUUUUCAUUUGAAUUAUACAACUAAGCAAUAUUUCUGAAAAGGUUAGACAAGUAUUUUUUAAAUUGACAAGAUAAUUGUUAAUACUCAGUGGCAAUUGAUCAUUAUCAAAUAGUUAUGUGAUAUACUUCUAUAUGCUAUUUGAUUAAUUUUUUAAAAAUAAAAAUGGUACCACCUUCAACUACCAAUCUUUUACAAAAAUUAAGGUCGUUAAUGCAAAAUACUAAGUAUGUUAAAGAACCAAUUCAAGCUUACAUUGUACCUUCAAGUGAUGCACAUAACAGCGAGUAUUUAGCAGAAUGUGACGAGUAUAGAGCUUUCAUCACCGGAUUUACUGGAAGUGCAGGUACUGCUAUUAUUACUGAUAAAGAAGCGCUUUUAUGGACAGAUGGAAGAUAUUAUUUGCAAGCCAGCCAACAGCUGGAUUCUAAUUGGACUCUAAUGAAAGAAGGGCUUCCUACGACUCCUUCACAAGGCGAUUGGUUAUGUAGAAAUCUUACAAAAGGAUCUCUAAUAGGGGUCGACCCGAAACUGUAUGCCUACAAUAAAUUCUUUCCACUACAAUCAAAAUUAGAAGGAACAGGUCAUAAAUUAGUAGCAGUUCAUACCAAUUUAAUAGAAUUAAUAUGGAGUGAUAGACCUGCAAGGCCUGCAAAUCCCGUAAAACCGCUUACCAGAAAUUAUACCGGCAAGUCUGUAGCACAGAAAUUGAAAGAAGUAAAUGAACAAAUGAAAGAGAAGAAUGCAGAGUAUUUAGUUAUAACAGCCCUGGAUGAGAUAGCUUAUUUUUUGAACCUACGAGGAGCCGAUAUCCAGUUCAAUCCUGUUUUUUUCGCUUAUCUUGUUAUUGGCAAUAAUAAUUUCACAGUAUUUAUGAAUGAAAAACAAGUUAAUAGUGCCGUUGAAGAUCAUUUCAAUUCGGAAGUUGGCAACAACUAUAAAAUUGAAAAUUAUGAUUGUAUCGAAAAGAAGAUUGAGGAAUAUGCAAAUAAAAUAGAAGGAUAUAUUUGGUUUUCUGAACAAUCUAGCGAUGCCUUAAUAGAGUUGGUACCAAAGAAAAAUAGAUUGUUAACAGAUAUAACGCCAAUUUGUUUAAUGAAAGGAGUUAAAAAUGAAACGGAGAUUCAAGGGAUGCGUAACUGUCAUAUACGUGAUGCAGCUGCUCUUUGUUGCUACUUCUCUUGGUUAGAAGCAAAUAUAAAAACACAAAAAAUCACUGAGAUUUCUGGUGCUCAAAAACUUCUAGAAUUUCGUAAAAUGCAAAAAGAUUUUGUAGGAGAAAGCUUUGAUACUAUCAGUUCGGUAGGACCUCACGGUGCCAUUAUCCAUUAUAAGCCUAGUCAAAAUACUGAUGUGCAAAUUACUACUGAUCAGAUAUAUUUGUGCGAUUCCGGUGGUCAAUACUUAGACGGUACCACCGACGUCACUAGGACCUUACAUUUUGGAACUCCCACGCAAUUUGAAAAGGAAUGCUAUACUAGGGUCUUGAAAGGACAACUAAAACUCAGUUCUAGAAUAUUUCCAUAUAAAAUUAAAGGUAACUACUUAGAUUCGUUCGCUCGUGAAUACCUUUGGCAGGUUGGUUUGGAUUACGCUCAUGGAACUGGCCACGGGAUAGGUUCUUAUCUUAAUGUACAUGAAGGACCUAUGGCGAUUUCAUGGCGUACAGUUCCAGAAGAUCCAGGUUUAGAACCUGGUAUGUUCAUUUCCAACGAACCUGGAUAUUACCAAGAUGGACAAUUUGGUUUGAGAAUUGAAGAUAUAGUUCAAGUUGUUGAAGCCAAGCCUCCGCACAAUUUCAAUAAUAGAGGGUAUUUGACUUUCGAAACUAUCACUUUGGUGCCGAAAAUGAAUAAACUGAUUUUAGUAGAGAUGUUGACUAAGGAAGAGAUUAAGCAGUUGAAUGAUUAUCACCAGAAGUGUUUGGAAAUUGUCAAGCCUGUUUUAGAGCAGCAAGGUCAAGUGGAAGCUAUAAAAUGGUUGAAAAGGGAAACAAUGCCUUUAACUAUUUGAAUAUGUGAUUUUAUUAAAUUAAUUUUUCAAUAAAUGCAUUUAUUUCUUGA